CAACGGAGGAUGAUGCGUAUAUUUCAACAGUUCCAUGCGAUAGGACGUCGUUGUAUGAUUUCAACUAGAGUUGGUUAUUCUCAUAUACACGUUCCAGCCUCUCCUUGGUUUUCGUUGUACAAAGUUGCUCAAGUUGAUAAUGUAACUUGGAAGAAACAGAAUCUUGUAAGUUUGAAUUUUUAUAUGCAUCGGAAAGAAUGGAUUUCCAAUGGUAUGGAACUACAUGGGAUGUUUGGUUGUUGUGAUAUGAGUACCCAAUCAGAACAACAACGCUAUAGUACUAAACGAAGCCUCGAUGAGGAAGAUGUUAGUCACCCAACGAAUAUGGAAGAAAAGAGUUUGGUUCUGGUUCCUGGUCAAGAGAAAGAAGAAGAAACAGAGAAGCAAAGUCUGAGAGACCGAAUCUUUUCUCGUUUUUCAGGUUCUACUUUUAUGAAACAAGCUUUAUAUGCUAAAGAAAGGAUAGCUGAACGAGUUGAUGAGUCGGACAAUCCUAUCGUUCUAUUGGUUAGGAAUAUUUAUGACCGCUUAUUUGGGGAAACAGAAAUGGGUCAAGUUAUUCGAGAAAUACGGCAAGUCGAUCCUCAGUUCACGUUAUCUGAGUUUGUGAGACAAAUUGAAAGAGAAACAGCACCACGUAUAUUGAAUGCCUAUUUAAGAGGAGACCGCGAAACACUCAAAGAAUUGUGUACAGAGGAUGCUUAUCGAGCUUUGAGUGCUUCUAUUCGUGAAAGAGAAGCUGCAGGGUUAGUGAUGGAUACGAAUAUUUUAGAUAUCAGUCAAGUAGAAGUGAUGACGGGUAAAUUUCUUCAAGGCUUUCCAGUCAUGAUUGUAACUUUUGCUGCUCAACAAAUCAAUUGCAUUCGCAACCUAAGCAACAAAGUUAUUGAAGGUAGUGAAGAUGAUAUUCGAGCGGUACAUUAUAUAUGGGCAAUGGUAAGAGAUAUAGACUUGCCUAGUGAAGAGUCCCAUACAACUUUUGAACAACCAACAACAUCAUCAGAAACAUCUUGUUGGAAACUCAUGGAAAUGGUCGUUCGAACUUCUUAUUCAACUAUAUAAACAUACAUAGAUAAUGAAUGUAAUAUGAAUGUU